GGAGAAAAUCCGCGCACGAGAAUAGGUUGGGCUUGCUCGUAAUGGAUGCGUAGGAGGUGAGACGUACAUCGCUUCCAGGCCAUCCGAGAGUCUCUUUCGCUCACUAGGGGGUGGAUUUGACUCGAGCUGCUAUCGCUUGAUUAGGUAGAUAGGGCUGCUAGGAGGCGACAACCCAAGUUUGUGCUCGAUACUGCCACGGUCGACGCGCGCAGUCACACUUCAAGGACGAGAGACAGCCAACUUGGAGGCCAAGCAAGACCAGUUGAGAGAGCCACACGAGCAGGGCAGAGGAGGUCAUUCUCCCCUGCUGCCUGCAUGGAUGCCCACACCAUCCUUUCUUUCUCUCGGUGUCAAUUUAGGUAGAGCUGUCUGGGCCGGCGAACACAGACUCGGCAUGUCGUCGCUACUAGCCUCACUAUCUUCUUCCACGCCCGCCUCCCGUGCCUCCUUCGCUGUCCAGCUGGGGGUUGUCGCUGCUUCCACUUGUGCUUAUUCCAUAUGCUCGUUCCUUGUCCUACUGCCCACCCCUGCGUUCCUUGGGGCGGCUCGCUUUCAUCUCUGUGACAUGUCUGCAGCUCGGUGGCGUCUUAGGUUACUCUGUCGUGUGCUCCCACCCUGCGAUUAGGCUUUACUUCAAAUCUGCCUUCGUUCCCCUCAUCUGCUUCGCAUCUCAGCCCUCUUGGUGAAGCCUGGUUUGGGGAAUUUCCAUUAGUCGUCUUCCUCGGACGUAUUGACACCAUCGCCCUUUCAAUGCCAAUCAUCUUAUAAGGCGCAUUUCACAGAAGAACUACCUGCCCCUUGCCUCGUUACACCCAAUGGCAGGGCCAAUCCAGCUGGGAGAUGUCAUCAACUUCAGCAAGCUCGCGUGGGACGUGUACAAAUUCGGUUGGGAUAAUGACUUCAACGCCACCCGACAAUACGCAGAGUUUGGUCGCGAUGUUAGGGGAUUGGCCGAGAACCUCGACAUUCUCGGCCGCGUAGUAGACAAAGCCGGCCAGUCAUUUCAUCAGGAAACGGCAUCCAAGCUUGAGCCAUUGCGCUGGGAUCGACCGUCACUCAACGAGAUCAUAGGCGACUAUCACGAGACCUUGACAGAAUGCUGCACUCUGAUAGAGAACAACCAUCGCUACCGCCUCAGCAGCGGCCCACUGAGAAAUAUCGAAUGGAAUGUUCUCGUGGCGCCGGCGGCAGAUCGUCUGCGAGCGCGCAUAGCCUUACACAAUUCCAAGGUUCUUCAUGUGCUGAAGCCUUUUGAAAUUGACCUUCUUUGUCGGAUCCAUGAAGACCUCGCCGGUCGUAUGAAUGCUAUGCACCUUGACUUACGUCGCUUCAUGGGAGUUCUCGUGCCUGAUAUGGAACAGGCCCUCGCUCAACAGGUUCACCGGGAAUCUUUUCACUUUGAUGUACCUCCAGAUAUCGAGGAUGGAUUUCUGCGAUCGUGGGCGGCUGACAGACCGGAUGACGCUUUCGAACCAAGUCUGCAGGAGAUUGCAGAUGCGUUCGUUAUUCAUUACCACAAGUCCACCAUCGGGUUUACUGCCGGUAUCCUGGUGGAGAAUAAGGUUCCCGAGUUGGGGCAAUAUAUCAGCCUUUUGAAGUGUGUCUGGCUGAUGAGACGGAUUCGUCGUUCGAACGAACUCACUCAGCAGGGCCGGACCUUAUCCCAUUGGCCCUCCUACAUCCAGGAGCUGGAAGACGGUCUUGCGUCGCAAUGCGAUCGAUUUAAGCAAGAGCUCAUGCCACCAAGUCUAGCAGGUUUAAUACCUGAGAUGUUUGACAUAUGGCCUGAAAAAGAGCUUCCUCAGCUCGUGGACGUGGUGACGAGGGAUGCUCUCAUGGAGGAGGUCAUGGAUGCACCAUUACAGGGCGCCACUUCCAACGUUGAGAGGAAGCUUCAGCUGCUUCGCCGAAUUGGCGCCGAUGGCAAACGCUUCAGGAUAAACAUAUCUGGCGUUGAACUAGGGGUGUCGAGCAGGACUGCACGUCGUCAAGCCGAGACCAUCGAUUUCGACAUCACGACUGUCAUACUAAAUCCUCUUUAUGCAGUGCCAUCUAACUCUUUCGGCGCAUGGGACAUGAUCUUGCGCAAGGAUGAACGGAUUGCCAAGCUGGCUUUUACGCAGUUGAAAGAUGCUGCCAAGUUCCAACAAGCUGUGACUGGUUUCAAGGCGUUUGAUAGUUAUAGCCAAUACAAGGCUAUGGUUAGCUUUGUUGUGUCUGGGAGAGGAGAUCCGAUUGUCGAGGGAGCAUGUGUACAGUUGUGGGUUCCAAAGCAACUCGAUGGACAGCUUGUUACGAAUAACGAGGCGACGCUCGAGCAGAGCACGUCACCAUCCCAGUCAGGGGUGUUUUCGCCAUCUAGCACAGCAUCAAGACAGAGUACCCUCCGCAGCGUAUGGAACACCGCAAACCCAUUCACCACCAGUCCUACCGAGACUGUGUCUAUGUGGGGUAAUAGCGGUCCACCGGCCGUAGGCGCAUCACGGAGUCGUUCGAUGCCAUCACCGCCAUCAAUCACCGGCCCGUUGGGAGUUCGGUCUCCCAUGAUGAUACCGAGACGGCCAGUAGGAUCGGGUAGCACACAAACAACAACAGCAUCGCCACCCAAUGCUAAUCGGCAGGCGACGUUAUCGACAUCACCUGCGAGCCCUCGGUCUUCAUCCCUGCUUCCGGGUUCAUGGCAGUCAAGAACACCAUCCGUAUCAACAGCCUACAGCCGACCGGACCGGACCUUCAGCGUUUCAAGCAACUACUCAGCGGCGACAUCACCGUCGAACAAUAGUUCUAGUGGAAGCGACGCGCACACCGUGACUGUAACGAUAGGGGGGCACACGACUGGAACUGUCCACAGGCGCCCUCCCAAGCCAAUGCUGGUACUGUUCACGCAGAACAUGCAGACAGGAAAACGAGCAUUGGUAACCAUAGAUAUUGACGAAGACACCGAUGUCAACCCAGACCGGUGCAACUGCCGCCGGUCAGGAAGAGACGGAUCGUCGUGCCAGAUUGCUGCCAUUGAGCAGAACCGAGGCAACACCGAGCUAUCAGUGCGAAGAUAUGAAAGCCGAGACGACGACAUGGACUGGAAUCUGGCUAAGUUGGCACUGGGGCGGCGAGGGGAGAAGGACUAUGCUGCUGCUGUCUGGAAGGACGUCCGACGCAUCAGCAUCAUGUUCCCGACUUCCCAAGAUAGGGCAAAGUUUGGAGGCACACCGAGUAUAUGCCAGUGCAGCGCGAAAACAGAAGCCGAACUGAGCAAGUGUCUCAAGGAUAAACACAAGGGGCUGCUGGGGUUUGUCCGGGAAUCUGGCCGGCAGCAGUUGAACGAAUAUCACCGGGUGCGAUUCGAAUCGCAGCAGGACGUGGUUCGUGGGAUGAGAGACGACUAUCGAUGACAGCUGCUGGAAGAAAUUUCGAUCAAAGGAUAAUGCGGUUGAGCUGUGCAUGUGCGACUGGGUUGAGGAGGUGCCUAAGUUGAGCAGUUUUUAUCGCGGCAUCUUUGGAUCGCGAUCUCGUUCUUUGGUGUUACGGCGUCGGCGGCGAUGAUGAAGCGAACGAUGUGCCCGCGUGUUUCUAGUCGAAAGAUAAGACUAGGGGGAUCUGGAAGAGAAUGUUCGCCAAGUCAUAGAGAGAAAACAAGACAGAGGGCACCUCAUGGCGCUGUAUCUUGAGGAGAUGAUCAGGAGGAGGACGUGCUCAGGCUUUCGUGAGCCAGGAGACCAUCACUACUUUUCGUCAACAACUAGUAUUGAAUGACUCCACGCGCGUUUGCAAGAAUGGCCUCUUUCUAGUCAGAUGUCUGAACCACUUUGAUAGCUAAUUAUCCCUUCAACUUGCUUGAAUAAACCAA